AUGAACCUCGACGAGCCAUACAUCUGCAUUCCAGGAGUGCCCAACUUUCGUGAUAUCGGUGGCUAUGCUAUUACUUCGGAAAAGAAUAAGCAGGUCCGGCGAAAUGUCAUCUUCCGUUCGGCAUUUCCUCGUCAAAUUUUAGAUCCCAAAUCAGGGAGAGCGAAGAACAAGAUACAGCUGUUCAAUAUAAGUCAUGUGUUUGACUUGCGCUCAGAAAAUGAAUUUCUCAAAUCGAGAGUCUAUGACAGGAGAAGAUGGCUCUGGUCAGCAACGUUUCGAGUGUCAGCGCCGGUAUUCCGGCCUGAAGACUACAACCCUCAUACUCUAGCUUGUCAAUUCAAAGAAAGCGGCUCUGGUCCUGAAGGGUUCGUCCAAAUAUUUGAUAAGAUUCUUGAAUCGGCAAGCCAUCCCGAGAACAAAGCUCGCCCUUUUGCGCAAAUUCUCGAACUUCUAUCCUCUAAAACUAACAAGCCUCCUGCGCAGCCUAUACUUAUACACUGCGACUUGGGCACGGACAGAACAGCUGUCAUCUGCGCAUUGAUCCUAUCCCUGUGCGGCGUGAGCGACCUGGACGUGGCUAAGGAUUAUCAUCAAUCCGGUAUCGAGCUGGCUUCCCAUCUAAAGUGCAAUGCGGUAAAGCUCGAGGAGGAUCCCGUAUUUAAAAGCGCUGGAGGAACUGCGGCCGAUGCGAAGAUUUUGGUUUCAACGCGGGAGGAUAACAUGUUGUGCUUUUUGAAGUAUCUCAGAGAGAAGCAUGGCUCGAUUAAGCAAUGUAUUAAGAACCACAAGUUGCUCGAUGAUGAUGGCAUAUCGAGACUGAGGAAAAAUAUGAUUGUCGAUGCCGCCAAGAAUCACUCUAUUGCUAGGGCAUGGGAUAGGUAG